AUGGGACAAGACGAGAGCUCAUCUAUGAUGUGCCGAGGACAAAGCUCAGAGAUAAAGAAAGGGGUUGUCAAUGCGGUAUCCAAGGGCAUGCCCGCUCCCAAUGUAGUGAUUUGUCCUGAUCUGUCCCUAGGAGAGCAGGCGGCACUACCAUUUACUCUGUCAUCCAGUGAGGAAUCAUCCUUUGGCAGUUUUGAGUCUUCGCAGGGCUCAGACACUGAGAUAGACUCUAGUGUGGGGGUCGAUUCACACGAGGCAGAAUCGGCCACCCUUCGCACCGAUGGUGGUGUGAGGGUCAUUCCCAAAGAAGAGGAUAGGGUGAGCACGGAUGUUCUAGUUGGUGGUGAUGGUUUCGGAGGGGGCAAUGAAGCAGCUGUCAAUGUAGGUGACUGCAAGGGUGAAGAAGGAGAAGUCUCAGCCUCGUCGUUUGGUCCACGACAAGUUGCGAGCAUUACCUACAGACAUGAAUGUUUAGUUGGAUCCCAAGAAGCUCUCUGCUGCGUGGGCCUAGGUGAGGAAGCGCGUGGCGGUAGAAUAGGUAGCCAAACGAGCCGAGGAGAAGGCUGCCAAGGGCAAGGCACCGGUGGCUCUGGGCAUGCUAAGACAAAGAAGGUGGUAAACACUCCAGCUUGGUCGGUGGUGAGGUCGCUUGAGAAAGGAGAGAAGAAAAGAGAGGAGUCACCAAUCCUCAGGGACGCAGACAAGGGAAAGGGUGUAAUGAGACUUCCCCUUGCUCGUCGAGUUAUGGGUGAUGAUGCUGAGCACUUAGACAUUGGCAUUCAACCAUUCAAUCAACCAUUUGAUCUGACCUCUGAGGACUAGGAGAGGAAGAGGAAGAGAGAAGAAGAGAGCUCUCAGGAGGUUGAGGGCCGCCGAGGAGUGGCUGCCUAGGCCGCUGCUGGUGGUCGCCGUCCAUUUCAAAAGGCCAUCCCUCCAUCCUGGAAUCUGCUGGAGGAGGAGUCUUCUAUUGCUGACAAGGAUGUGGCAUGGACCUGGGGGAGUUAGGGGCACCUGCGUAUUGAUUGGGAGUGGAUGAGGCAACUGCCCGAUUCCUACCUGCUUGACUACAUGUAUCAGCAUAUAUGCGAUGGCUAUAGCUGGUCGAUGGAGGUAUGUCAUCGUAUGGAAAAGGCAGUCGGGAGGAGAAACAAGAUGGUGGAGGACAACCAUCAUCUCUGGGAUCAGCUUGCACAAGUCAGCGGCUAGUUGGACGUCACCAGCAAAGAGUGUCGUACUACCAAGGCUAGCUCCUUGACACAUGAGAAGCGGUCCUUUGAGCUGGAAGAGGAGGUGAAGAAGUUGCUCUUGGAAUGGAGCGAAAUGGUUAAGGCCAAGGAAGCGCUUUAGGCUGACUUGGUAGAGUUACAGGAGGAGCUUCAGAAGAGUUCAGCCGCUCAUGUGUCAACUAUCCAGUCCUUGGAGGAGCGGCACUGAUCGGAACUUAAGCAAGCUAUGGAAAAGGCCAUGAAGCGAUAUGUGGACAGGAUUGGCUAUUGGGUCUCAAUACUGCCUCCUUCAACUCCGGUUUUGACACAAUGGCCGCCUUUUUCUUGCAAAAGUAUCCUUCAGAAAAUUUAAGUGAUUAUGAGCACUACAUUCCUCCUCCUAAGCCCCCAGAGUCAAAGAAGCAAGCGACGAGGUAGACCAUGCUAGAGCUAACGCCUCUGGGAAGAAAAAGAAGCCUCUCCCUCCACCUAAAGAGAAAAAUUCACCGUUCGCCAAUGCUGCCUGAUCUACUCCUGCUGCCAUCUUCUCUUUUUUUUUCUUGUACAUUCCCUUCCUUGUUUAAUGAAAGCAUCCCUUUUUCAUUUCA